AUGAAUGCCGACCAGCUCAAACUACUUUUGGACACGCUACAAACACAGCAACAAGCCUUAAUAACACAAAUUAUUACGCAAUUGCAACCCGGAAGGCAACCAGAUACUUCUGUAAAUUUUUCCAGUAUUGCACCAUUUGAAAAUUUCGAUCCUCGAUAUGAAAAAUUCUCGUGCUAUCUGGAACGAUUCGAAAAUUAUUACGAAAUGAAAGGCGUUACAAAUGAAGCGAAAAUUGCCCAACUUUUAUGUGUCUCCAUCGGUUCAACCCAUUACAACAGCCUAACAGCAUUUCUUGGCCCUGAAAAGCCCAUCAAAGAACUGGCGUACAACGACUUGAAAGAACGACAAACUGUGGCCGAAUACGUUGCUUCACUACAGAGAGAUCUUGCUGACUGCGAAUUUACGGUGAAAUGCGAAUGUGACAAAGUAAUAUCCGUAGCGGGAGUGUUCCUAAGAGCUCAGUUCAUCAGGGGUCUGCGUGAUGAUUGGUUACGUGAGCAACUCUUACAAGCUAAUGUCAAUACAUUUGAAGAAAUCCUCACACAAGCUACAGCUCUUGAAGCAUCAAAAAUUGAAAGUCAACAAUUAACACAGCGCCAUGACACCAGCCAGCAAAGCAUUGACACAAAUAAAAUAACUAAUACCAGAAACCAUUUUCGAAAUCGCUCUCACUCAAAAGGUAAUUACAGAUCACCGACUCCAGAACGAAGAAGUGACCAGUCACGACGCCGACUUGACUACCGAGCACUUGCAAUUGAAAACUUGUGCAUUAGAUGUGGAAGAGAUAACCACAAGGCAGAUAAGUGCCGAAUUGACAGAAAGAAAUUAAAGUGCGAAUCCUGUAAAAAAGUUGGCCACAUCGCAAAAGUCUGCAUCACAACGUUGAUCUCAGCGUUACAUAAUAGUCCUACAGUACACACAGUUUCUCAUGAACAAGCUACCAGUUCCAGUUAUGGCAUUAAUAAAGUUGAAGCCCUUGUUCGACAAGGUGAAAUUGUGGACUUGUAUGAAAUGGUCGCAGAUUCAGAUAAGUACAUUAUUACAGUCAGAUUAAACGGGAAAGCGCAACGUUUUGAAGUCGAUUCCGGAGCUAAAUUUUCAUUAUUAGCAGAAGAUGUUUUUAAUCGUUUAGAUUUGAAAGUGCCUAUUGAGAAGUCACAAGUUGCUUUUCGAACGUAUUCCGGCAAUAUAAUCCAAUCAAAAGGGAAAGUUCACCUUACAGUCUCAUACCUAGGCAAAGAAAUCCAGACCGAACUCCAUCUUGUACCACAAGGUCAUGAUGCGCUUCUUGGCCGUCAAUGGAUAAGAGGAUUAGGUAUCGACUUACAACAACUUGAUACAGCAAACAACACUCCAGUUUUCCAACUUCAGGCUGUAAGUUCGCUAGAUGAUAUUCAAACGAAGUUUGCAAGCAUUUUUCGAGAAAAAAUAGGAUGUGUUCCAGAAUUUACUGUAAAUCUCCACCUCAGAAAAAAUAUCAAACCUGUAUUUACCAGAGAACGUGAUGUGCCAUAUGCACUCAGAGAAAGAGUAGACAGAGAACUGGAUUCUCUAGAAGCAGAGGGAAUAAUUUCCCCAGUAGCCGCUAGCGAUUGGAGUUCACCACUGGUAGUAAUUCCAAAACAAGAUGGUGGCAUCCGAUUAUGCGUUGAUUACAAAUGCGGAGUAAACGUGAAAUUGAUCCAGGCCAACCACCCAAUACGACGCAUUGACGAUGUUCUUAACAGCCUUCGCAAUUCCCGUUAUUUUUGUAAACUGGAUCUGUAUAAAGCCUAUCUACACCUCAGGGUUGAUGAAGAAAGUAGCAAGAUCCAGACAAUUUCAACCCAUCGAGGUACUUAUCGAAUGCAUCGCCUGAGUUUUGGCAUCAAAACGGCUCCAUCCGAAUUCAACAGAAUAUUAUCUCAGAUUCUCAAAGGACUGCCAAAGACUGAAUCCUAUUUUGACGACAUAAUUAUACAUGGAACAACAGUAGAAGAAUGUACACAAAACUUAGAUGCCUGUUUGCAAAGACUUUCGAGGUACGAUCUUCACGUUAACAAGAAUAAGUGCAUAUUUUUUGAAACGAAAAUUGAAUAUCUUGGUCAUAUUAUCGAAUUUAACAAGGUAAGCAAGUCUCCAGCAAAAGUGCGCGCCAUUCAAGAAAUGCCACGACCUUCCAAUGUCGAUGAAAUCAGAAAAUUUCUAGGCCUUGUUACAUACUAUUCACGGUUUAUCCCAGAUUUUUCUACGAAUUCCUAUCCACUUCGAUGCCUGUUAAGAAAAGGAGAACCUUGGAAAUGGACAGCAAGCUGCGAAUCAGCGUUUCUGAAAUUAAAAUCCGAACUUUGCAGCAACCGAGUACUCGUCCCGUUCGAUCCUAAUCAACCACUGAUUUUGACAACUGAUGCCAGUCCAACAGGGAUAGCCGCAGUACUGAGUCAUAGUACUGACGGGACUGAAAGGCCAAUUUCGUACGCAUCGCGCUCACUAACGACCUCAGAAAGAAACUACAGUCAGCUAGACCGAGAAGCACUUGCCAUUAUAUUUGGAAUAACUCAUUUCUACAACUAUUUGUUUGGCAAGCAUUUUCUACUAAUUACUGAUAACGAACCAUUAUCACGGAUACUCCAUCCCCAUAAAGCCCUCCCGCAAAUGACUUCGUCACGAUUACUUCGAUACGCUUCCUUCCUCUCAGGUUUCGAUUAUGCCGUACAGUGUAAAAAAGGAAGAGAAAAUCAAAAUGUAGAUUGCUUAUCCCGGAUUCCAGUUCAAAAAAAGGGGACGUCAAGUGAUGAACUUAUUGGCGAAGAAGUAAAUCAAAUAUUUGCUCAACUAAUUUUCCAGAUUUCAAGUGAAAAAGUAACUUCUCUGACAAUCAAGAAUGAAACCGAAAAAGAUCCAGAACUCAGAAAAAUUCUUCACAAGCUCAGAAACCAGGCCGAAGAUUCCGAAUAUACACUGCUGGAUGGUAUACUUUUCCGAAAAGACAGAGUCUUAAUUCCAAGUUCACUACGUUCUCACAUACUCAACGAACUUCACGAAACACACUUGGGAAUCACAAAGACGAAACAGCUUGCACGACGUUAUGUGUAUUGGCCUAGCAUUGACCGUGACAUAGAAAGAUUGGUGAAAGGAUGCGAAAGUUGUGCACUAAACCAGUCAAAUCCUCCGAAAGCACCACUUCAUCCGUGA